CGAAGCAGCAGCGCCAAGCGUAUUUGGCGGGAUCGUGCUUAGACGGCGUCGUCUGUGCUCCCCGCAAGUCUGUCGUGUAGCGAACUGCAAAGGUACUGCUAGAAUAAUGGCUGGUGGAAAGGCGGGCAAGGAUUCGGGCAAAGCAAAGGCAAAGGCGGUCUCUCGUUCUGCGAGGGCCGGCUUGCAGUUUCCUGUAGGUAGAAUACAUCGGCAUUUGAAAAACAGGACUACCAGUCAUGGUCGGGUUGGUGCAACGGCUGCAGUAUACAGCGCAGCUAUCUUAGAAUAUCUGACAGCCGAGGUCUUAGAAUUAGCAGGAAAUGCUUCUAAGGAUUUGAAAGUUAAACGUAUUACUCCAAGACAUUUACAACUUGCCAUUCGAGGUGACGAAGAGUUAGACAGUCUGAUUAAAGCUACCAUCGCAGGAGGAGGUGUUAUUCCACAUAUCCAUAAAUCACUGAUUGGCAAGAAAGGUUCUCAGAAGCCAGCAUAAUUUAGUGAUGAUUGAAGAACUAUCUUGAGAGAUAAGUAGACAAAACAGAGAUGUAAAGUGACAGUGACUGUUGACAAAGUGUACCUACGUUAUUAAACUAAAUAGAGAGACUGGAGUGAUAACAUAUGUAUAUGGAUACAUAUCUACAUAUAUAUAUAUAU